AUGCCAUCUUCAGCAAUAUCUUUUCUUAUCUUUGCAUCUUUGAUGAUGAUAUCUUAUGGUCGACCACCAAAAAGUCCAGAGCAAAUCGUGCCUUUUAUUUUUCCAUCUGUUAAUACGAAUGGCAAUAGUGUCAUAGCUCCAUCAAAUGGUCAAAAUCGAUUUAUACAUGUUAUUGAACAUAUUAUCAAAUAUGUUUCAUCAAUAAAAUCAAGUGAAAGUUUUGUUGAAAAUAUUCUCAAUCGUUACAAAGAACCAGCCGAGAGAAUGAAAGUUUUUACAUUUCUAAAUAAAUGUUUUGAACUUACUCGUAAUGUUAUUCAACGUGAAGUUGAUUUUAUGUUAGGAAUGUCUGAAACACAAAGGAACUCUGCACAUUCAUCAUCCCCAUUUACAUUAGAAGAAUUAAAACAAGUCCAAAGAAAAAUUAAUGAUCUACUAACUAGUAUUGAAAAGCAAAUGGAGCCAUUGAAAACUUGGAUACCACCGACAAUGCCUUUUCUUGGCUUUUUUUAA